GUGAAGGUUCUAUGCGACGAGCCUACGCAACUCCAUUAGGGUUGGCUUCCAGUGUGGUUUCCGUUUUGCCUGUGUUUCAGUUUUCAAGUGCGGAGGAAGUGUCAAUUUUGCCUUUGUCUGUCUCAAUGUAAACUGCAUCUUUAUAAACGGACAUCGGAGGAUAGUGUGUGGGACAGCUAUGGUGGGAGCAAACCAGGUGGAGAAGCGCGCAGCGGCGGAGGCGUACGACUUUGACAGUGAUUCCCGGUGGUCUAAUUACUGGAACAAUGUGCUGAUUCCGCCACAAAUGAGUGCCCGGCCUGAAGUCCGGCGUCACUACCAGCUCAAAUUUUACCAGCGGUACAUCGAUCCAGAGCUUGAAGUGGACUCUCUUUCAAGCGUGAAAAACAGCUCCUCAGCUAGUUCUGCAUUUCCGUCUGGUCCAAAUAUAUCGGUUCAUCAACGUCCAGCUGCUGCAGGGGCAAGCACAGCUCGCAGCGCGGCUGAGAACAUCCCGCCACGACCUCCUCCACGCGCUGCACCUAGAGCUGAUGGCACUCUUCAACUUGACCAGAAAUCUUUUCAGUUUCUCAACAAUGCAUGGGUUGCGGUAAUGGCUAUUCUGGCUAUGUUUCCAUUUUCACCGCGAGGUAUUUCUGAUCGAGGAUACCGCUUCUCAUUAGCAGGCUCUGCUGUUGCGUGUGCUCACUCUCUUUACCUAAACCAUCGGAGACCCCGUGCCUGGACUUUAGAAGCACUGCAGCAGUGGAUGCAGAUUAUUGUUCCUUCCAAAGAUUUCUUGUCAUUUAUGUUCUCUGUUAUAUUUUUCUCGUCCAUGUACCCCGUCAAGUUUGCGGUGAUCCCUGUUCUUUGCCGGUCUUUGGAGCAAGCAGUGAUGUUCUUGCGCGGAAAUUUUAACAACACGCAGCUUUACAAGAGAUUUCUUAAGAGGGCUUGUGACCUGCUGGCAAAUAACCGGACAAUGUUGCACAUGAUAAGUGCCAAUGCAGAGAUUGGAAUUGGUUUCCAGUUGAUUUUUAUGAUACUUACGCCUCAACGUAAUAUUGUUCAAGCGUUGAUCUACUGGCAGUUAUUGAAGCUCUACUAUAGAGCACCAAACACUUCUUUGUAUCAUCAUCAAAUCUGGUCAAGAAUAGGCGCGAAAGUCAAUCCUUUGAUUCAUCGCUUUGCACCAGUCUUGGAGCGGCCAAUUGAUUAUGUGCGGAACUGGUUUUUGAGUUAGUUGACAUCUCUGUGCAAAGAAUAACAGCACCUGCUUUUCUCGUCACAUUCUCUUGAGGAGCCCUCUAGUCAUAUGCAAGAGGAGACAUGUAGACAAUCCUAGUGAGGAGUGACCAACGUAAUAUUGUUCAGCAGUUGUAGGAUCUGCACCCAAACUAGGACUCGUCCGUCCUGUAUCUCGGCUCGAAUGUAAACAUUUCUACUCUAGAUGUAGAAACUUCUCAUCUUAAUUAAGCAUUCUUUUAUCCAUA